AUGAGAGGUAUGUGUGAUGCAUGGGUUGACCCGGACACUGGGGAUGAAUUGGAUCAGGCGAACAAGGAUUUGUGUGAAUUAACACUUAUAGCAUUACAUUUUAAGCACGGGAUUGAUACAACUGGGGUGCCCGUGACCGGGCGCUACGAUAACGACGAGGACAAGGACAUAGACCUCUAUAUGAGAUGUAUUCUAGUAAAUAUAUUCAUGAAGAAAAUAAUGGGCAUGAAUUGUUUAGAAGGGCCUGGUGGACAGUUUGCAUUUAAUUUAGCGAAGGGAGCAAUGGGCAGUUUCGAGGAUAGAGAGGUCGGUAAUAUUGCUUGUGAAGAGCACGAUGCUGGAACAGGAGGAGAUAGACACAAAGGGAAAACGGCAAAGGAUAGGGAUUUGUGGGAUAUAAUGACAAGGUGGUUUGAAAGGAAUAAGUUAAAGCUGAAGGAUGGGGAGGUGGGAGUAUUAGGGGAAGGUUGCAUGGUACAAAAAAAAGCAAGAAAGGCAGGAAAGGAUGAACACGUGGGGGACUUGAAAGAGACAGUAAAAAAACACAUGGUAGAGGUUGGCCACGAUAUGGCCAAGCAGAUACAGAGAAUAUUACAGCACGUAAACACAUGUGCAUCUAAAGACUGUGUGAAGAGUAUAAUAGAACAAGAGAAGCAGCAUGACUCUGUUCCGCAAGGUCCACAAGUAAAAGGACAUGGACACUCGGGACCACCUCGGCCGUCCCAGGGCACACAGGAGCUACAGCAUCGCCGGAAACCACACCAUCACCGGAACCGACAGGUAAGGACCGAUGGGAGAAAGCACGAAAUAGGAAAAUGGGAUUCAUGGUACAUCAUGCUAAGAUGGUUUGAGAGGAAUCGGGGAACAUUGAAUGAUGGGAAGGACGGCGUAUUAGGGUCCGACUGUACAGUAAAACUAAGCGCCCGGGACAAAGGUGACGGGGACGAUGCAGUGACAGCAUUAAAGCAAACAAUACAGGAUGAAAUGGGAGCCGUGGGCCAGGAAAUGACGAAAAGAGUGGAAGAAUUAAAGAACAAAAUGCAAAACUCAGGGGGACCUAAAAGUAUACAGAAGAUAUUGGUAGAAGAGGUGAGCAGGGAGGACUCCUCUUCGAAAACUCGACAAGAACACGGACCAUCACCGGCGAAGACGGCAGAGACCCCAGCGGCACCAUCAUCAUCAUCCACAACAUCAUCAUCACAGCCAGGCAAGUCAGACUCAGAAACACGGUCACCUCCCGCAGCCGUACCCGCCCCGGCCAAACCAGCACCAGCCAAGCCGGUCAAGCCGGUCGACAGCGGACAGGCUGCCAAACCAGUAGCGGCGAAACCGGCAUCACCACCGUCAUCGGGAAGUGGCACGACGACGGCAUCAGCUGCUGGUGGUGGUACGGGUGGUAGUGGUGGUCAGGCUGGUCAGGGUGCUGCCCAAGCAGGUCAGGGAAAGGGCAAGGCUGGAAAAGGAAAGGAUUGUGAUGGAGAAUUAGCACGGCAGAAUAAGGCUCGUACACUGUACGUGGUGCCUCCUCCGAAUAAGGACGAAUGGAACAAGUGGAAGCAAGUGUUGGAGCAAUUUACGAAAUAUAUGGAUGAGAAUCAAGAGAACGCAGAGGGGUUUGGUGCCAAUUGUGAUAAUGCUGGUUGGGAGGAUAUCUCAUCACAUGGGUAUAAAUACAUGGGCCAAAAGGUAGCGGAUGUACUCAGGUGCAGAGUUAUGAGUGUUGCAUGGGCAUUUGCAAAUGGGUGGAGUACGAGUGCAAACGCGACGGAGCCAGGGGUCAAAAUGGACACGGAAGAAGAGAAUAUGUUACGGUGCGAAGUAGCAAAUAUAUUUGGACAUAUACUCAAGGAAAAGUAUUGUCCGGACCAGGAAAAGUGGAAAAGAGGUGUAGAGUAUUCCCGGAUAGCAUUCAGGAAAAUGCAAAGCACAGGAAAAAAUGGAUUUGGAGCACUCACGGGUCCUGUUAUCGACGGCAGGUGCACCGCAUGUGGGUAUAAGGACCAUGAAAGGUCGGCAAACGCCAUAAAUUUGAACGUAGUAGACUGGUUAUUGUACGAAGAGCACAUAUUGGACGCAAUCCAGAAUAUAGAAGCGGGAGCGGAGUGUAAUAUGAAGUGGGCGGAUUAUAAAAAAAAAAAGAUGAAGCACGAUGGUACUGGAAGCGUGAACGAAGAGAAAAUCAAUGAAAUAAAGAACAAAGAGAAGGAGAUCAUAUCGAAAGCGAAGGAAGCAGUCGACACACUGAAAACAGAGGUGGACAAGAAAAUACAAGCAGAGAAAGGUAAGGAUAAGAAUAGUAAAGGAUCCGGAUGGUAA